UCAAGACUACAAUGAUGAAUGCAUGACAUAAAUUGGGGCUUGGUAAUACUGGAUUUUACCGACAACUUUGAUUUGUCAACUAAAGAUUUGUCAGCAGAAUGUGUUACUUCUAAAUUUCUUGAAUGCAAAAUUCAGAUCAGUUGUCCUUCAGUGGAUUAGCUGAAUCACUGAGCAGGUGAUAUGCAGUGCACCAGUCAUUGGCUCCUGCACUGGCGAGGUUCACCAGGUCAAACAAAAUAUCACAUAACACCUCCCUGAAAUAGCCCCAUCUGCACAAACAACCCACAUAAGUGCUUAUUCCACUCUGGAGAAGCCACACAACUAAAACGUUAAAAAACAAACCAGUUUGCUCCAAAAUGGCUUACGUAGCACCAAAGGUUAAGUGGCGCAAACAAAAGACCUACCGCAGCGAUGUGAUCGCCACAGCCAAGGCCACAGGUUGUGUCCUACAGUUCUGGAACUCUCUGCUUGUUGGUGAUGAGCUGACGAUUCUCAGCAUUGUGGACGACGACGACUAUGACUACCUGAUUGACGCCAUUUAUGACACUAGCAACAUAGAGGAAUGGAAGAACUUCAGAUUUAACUACAGAGGCCUGAGACUAUGGUCGCUGACUUAUGAGCAGGAACUGACCACACCACUUCACAUCACGGCUGGUCGAGGUUUCACAGACUGCCUCAAACUCCUGCUGCAACGUGGGGCCAAUGUAGACCUUGCACCCGGUGGCACCACUGCCCUCCAUGAGUCCUGUGAAAACUGCCAACCAGAGUGUACCAAACUGCUGCUCAUCCAUGGUGCCAAUGCCAAUGCUGUCACUGAAGAGGGCCUCAUGCCUCUGCACAUUUGUACAAGGCCAGAAUCCUUUGAAUGUGCCAAAUAUCUCCUCCAGUAUGGUGCAGCAAUCAGUGGUCGCACUGUCGACGAAAACGACACUCCCUUACAUGUGGCGGCCAGGAACGGCCUCUUAGACCACACUGAGCUUUACCUACGCUAUGGAGCUGCUGUGGACAAAAAGAACGAAGAGGGUGUCACGCCCCUGAUUGCUGCUUGCUCUCAGCCCCAGGAACAGCAGGACCUGCAGCGUUACUUCAAGGUGUGCCAGCUGCUGCUGGGGGCCGGGGCUGACAUCCACACCACAGACCAGGACAACCACACUCCCCUUCACGUGGCCUGUAAGAAUGCAAAUCCGGACAUAGUGGAUCUGCUCCUGGCUAAUGGUUCCUGUGUUAACAACAUGGACUAUGGUGGUGAAGCUCCCAUGCACAACAUCCUUAAGGCUGUAUGCUACAAGGUUUCCCAUCACCCUGAGAGGAUUGUCCGUGCUCUGCUCAACCAUGGUUCUAUUCGGGUGUGGCCUGGAGCUCUACCCAUGGUUUUGAGACACUGCUCUGAAUCUCCACGCACCAUCGAGGUUCUCCUCAACGCUUACAGUCACCUCAAAGUCACAGAUACCUGGGUUGAGUCGGUUCCUCCAGAGACGUUUAAGGAGCACAAGGAGUUCUACGAGUCAGUCUUCUCCUUGGCAAUGACUCCUCGCUCUCUGCAGCACUUGGCACGCUGCAAGCUCAGGAGCUUCCUGGAGGGCCGAGUGCACAAGGUGGUCCCUAAACUCGAUCUGCCCACCUUCAUCAAGAACUACCUGCUCCUGGAGUACAGAGGGUACAUCCACUGAAAGCACUUUGUGUAGCUUUAGUGUUAGACCUAAUGAUGACUUAGCUGCUGUUACAUGCGAGGAGGGAGUGGUCGUUCACCACAGAAUUAUACUCAGAAACUGUAGCAGUGUGCAUCAGCACCCUGGAUAUUUUGAAAUGUAUGUUGCCACCUGUAAGCUCUUCAGGAGGAAGAAGCAGCUGCUUGUUUUCUGGCACUUCUAUUCCACAUCAACCUUUCAGUACUGUUACAUUUUACUUUUGCACCACAAGAGGGAGCUAUAGCCUUGAGUAGACAAAGUAUAUAGCAAGAAUGCAACUGUAUGUUUUAUAUUUUAUUUAUUUUGUGAUCACAUUUUUUACUUCUGCACUUGAUAGUAAAGAGGCUAACAUGCUUGUGUUUUUAUACAUGACAAGUACCAUAGUUUGAUGUUAAUAUGCACAGUAAGGAUUGUGUUUUACACAUUUAGAAAUGCCAUCAAAUAUUUGCAUAGACAGUUAUUAUUCCCACAGGAUAUGAUUGUAAUUAGGUGUUUUAUAUCAAAAUUAUGUCUGAUAUAAAAUAAAUAUUCCACCAUGGUAAUGCCA